AUGACUGAUGCAGCGCAACAUGAGUGGGAAUUAAGUCGCGAAAAUAUUCGACCGCUGAGAAGUGGCCGAAGGGUCAAAUUCUUAAAUAGUGUAUUUGGUGGUGCCAAAAUCACAAUAAACGAAGCAGAAAAACGCUUCGAAAACGAUUUCGAACAAGCAAAGGCAUCCGAUAACCCACUGGAUAUAUGUUUACGUUAUAUAAACUGGUUCGAGGAACACUUUCCAACAGGUUGGAAGCAAUCGCAUCUUUUUUCGAUACUAACGCGUAUCAUCAAUACUUUUGGUCAUCGUGAAGAGUUUUUAAACGAUGAAAGGAUGCUAAAAUUUUGGAUAAAAUUAAUCGAAAACAAAUCUGAUGCGAAUGCGGAUGCAUUCUUUGAACGUGCUUAUCUUUCCGGAUGUUGUCGUCAUUUGGCCAAAUUUUACGUUAGGUGGGCUGAAAUCCGUGAAAAUUCGCAUGAUAUAAGUGGGGCACGAAUGGUUCUCAAACGUGGUCGGGAGCAUUGUGCUGAACCAUUGCGGUUAUUAAAUGAAGCAUCAGAUGGCUUGGAAAUGCGGCAAAUUCGUGCAUUUCAAAACUUCAGUGAUAGUGAAAAUGAUUUAAUUGAUGAAACUGAACUCAGUAUGCAACGAUUAGCACUUGGCCAGCUAACUGGUUUGGGACCGAACCAUGAAGCUCCAGUAUUUCGAAAUGCAUCUGAAAGACCAGGUAGUUUGCAUCCCGGUAUUCGGUCAUCUCGUUUGAAAGGAUCAAGAACAGAGAAUGCUUUUCAAAUCUAUCAGGGUGAAGAAGCGUCCGAUGAUGAGAAUUUGUUGAUACCAAAAAGUUUCGGAGAUGACUUAGCUCAUGUGGCUUUUGUGCAAAACAGUUGGGACCCUACGAAAUGGAAGGAUGCACGAAUUGAUGGUAUACCGAAAAGAAGUAAAAUACGUCAUGCUGCUUUCACGGUUUACAAUGAUAGCGGAGAAGAGGUGAACGAUCGAAAGCAAUCGAACCGACGCGCACGAUUAUUUAUAUCGAACAAGGUCAUUUCGAUGGAAGAGCUGUUUGCAGAACAGUUGAAAUUGUAG